UCUGAACAUGUGCUAGGAUCUGUGCUAUGUGCCCCUGGAUGUUUCAGCGUAUACCGAUGUCAAGCUAUACGAGAUGUCCUACCAAAAUAUGCUACCAAUGUAGAAUGUGCUGAAGAUUUUCUUAUAAAGGACAUGGGUGAAGAUAGAUGGCUUUGUACGCUUUUGAUACAAUGUGGCUGGAGAAUCGAAUAUUGUGCUGCUGCAAAGAAUAGCACUAAUUGUCCAGACCAAUUCGAUGAAUUUUUUAAACAGAGAAGAAGAUGGAUCGUUUCAACUCUUGCUAAUAUGAUGUUGAUUAUUAACAAAUGGUCUUUGAUAAGAAAGUUUAAUAACCAAAUUUCAGUGCUGUUUUUAUUAUAUCAGUGUUUCUUACUUCUUUCAACUUUAAUUGGACCAUGUACUGUGGCUUUACUGGUCUCCGGUGGUUUGUCAUACUCCUGGGGAAUUAAUUCCCUCGUAUCUAUUAUAAUACAACUACUGAUUGCUUUAUUCUAUAUAUUAAUUUGUUUGUAUGCACCGCAGAAUUAUCAACUCAAUAUUGCCAAAAUCCUGACGUUUUUCUAUGCGGUUAUAAUGUGUGCGGUGGUUGUAGGGACUACUAUACAGAUCGCACAGGACUUGAAUGUAUCAGUAACCACAAUGUUUUUUGGGCUGCUGAUCGGAUUGUUCACCACAACGGCCUUACUUCACCCUACAGAAUCGUUUUGUCUAUUGAGUGGUUGUUGGUAUUUAUUGUGUUUACCGGCGGGGUUUAUAGUCUUAAUCCUUUACAGCAUUUGUAACAUUACAGACCGCAGCUGGGGUAUGGAUUCUUAA